AUGGGGCCUAGAAUGUCUAGAUUGUGUAAGAUUCUUAGUCCAUACCUUCUUAACCAAACAAGACUAGUAGCCCAUGUUAAGACCUAUCGUUACACCGGGCAAAGGGCGGUGCAAAUCCAUGGAAUCAAGUCUGAGUGGUAUUUACAGGCGGAGAAAGAAUUCUUAGAUGAAAGAGCAUUGAGGCCGGAAGGUUUGAUAGGCCGUUGGCAUAUAGAAGAUUUGGUAAAUUUACAACCUCAAAUUUUACAGAUUUUAGACCUAAAGUUAGCAAGUUCUAGAGAAGUUAUGAAGGCACGUAAAUUGUUAUUAAGACGAAGAUUGCAAAAACAGCCCUUUGAUACGGGUUCAGUAGCUGUUCAACUUGCUUGCACGUGUGAAAAGAUUCUAAAUCUUAGGGCUCAUUUGAUUAAACACCCAAAGGACUCACCACAAAAACGCAACAUGGCUAUGUUACUGUCACGAAGAUAUAGGAUAAUGAAGUAUUUUUACCAGACAGAUCCACAAUUGUAUAUUAAAGUUUGCCAAUUGCUCAAGAUAAAAUGUGUGUUAUUCGCCAUCCCUGACUCCAGAAGCAGGGCCAAAGCAAUAAAUAACUUGGGAAUCGACGGCGAUAGAUGUAAAUUUUUGAUUAGACAAAAGCUAUGGUGGGGUCGACACCGGGCCAUGCCAGUUAAGUUACCCAGUGGUAAACUGGUAGCUUACACUAGACAUAUCAUGGAGAAACCACCUGACAAUUUUAACAUGCCAAAGAAGCAUAACGAUCAGAUAUCUCCGGCUUGGCCCUACGGUGUUAAAUUGGACAGGCUUCAAGGUAAUUACGUAAUACACAAUCCUACGGCACCAGGCUUGGGCUACUGCCCAGUUCCAAUGGUAUUCUGA